GUCCCCUUUGUCCUGAAAAGCCCAUCAUCUUCUGAUCACUGCGAAGAAGGACAGUCUGUCACGCAAUCAUGUCCAGGCUCGCUCAUGACCAAUAAGACUGCAACCACUACCUGACUAUCAAAAGGCCUGCCAGAUCAUUUUCUUGCGACCACCGCCAGCUCGGUCGCCUCAGAAUCAACCCAUCACCGAGCGAUGCAGAGGCCCUCUGCGAGAUCGUCUCAGCAAAACAACAGCUCCGCACCUCAUACACCACUGCGACAACUCAGAUCACACACUCCAACCAUUUAUCACGACGACGACGACGAGAUCGCAGAUCCUAGGCCUUGGGAGACAAGAACUCCACAACAGUAUUACGGUUCGAGGCGUGACGCUCAUCAGUAUUCCCAUAACCCAGCUCUGAGUAUCGACAAGGCUGCUGGAGUUGGAAACGAUCUACCAUUGUAUGACGAGAUGGAGACUCGGAGAAGGUAUGGAGAGAAAGAAGCGGUCGCUGGCGCGGGAGGUGCGGGGCCCAAUAGCGAAUUGGACGAAAAGGCAGCGUUGAUGGAUGAUGAUCAAGGCAAAUGGGCUAAAGGUCAUGGGGCUGGACCUGGGAUAGGUGGGAGAAGAGGCCUUCCACCCAAACAAAGACAAGAGGGAUGGAGGGCGUUCUAUGCCGAGUACGAAGAUUGGAUCUGGUGUGGCAUCUAUACUAUCCUUUCAAUGACGACGAGAUUCUGGCGUAUAGGAGCUGCCGAUUAUGUCGUAUGGGACGAGGCUCACUUUGGCAAGUUUGGUUCUCAUUACAUCAAUCGGGAUUUUUACUUUGACGUCCACCCUCCCCUCGGCAAGAUGCUCGUGGGUUUGGCAGGCGUCUUGUCAGGCUACAACGGAGGCUUCGAGUUCAAAUCUGGUGUCAAGUACCCUGAAGAUGUGCCUUACACAGCUAUGAGAGUCAUGCUGGCUUCGUUCGGGGUGGCUUUGGUCCCGAUCGCAUGGUGGACAGCUGGAGAACUGGGAUGGUCAAAGUUUACCAGACAUUGGGUGACAAUAUGCGUACUGUGUGAUAUCGGUUGGCUCUGUAUCUCUCGGUUCAUUCUGCUCGAUUCGAUGUUACUGUUCUUCACAUUCACCACUGUACUUGGAUUGGUCAAAUUCCACAAUGAGAGGCACGAUCCCUUCGGCGAGGAUUGGUGGCUCUGGCUCGUCUUCACUGGGUGGUCAAUCGGCUGCACAUGCAGUGUCAAGUGGGUCGGUCAAUUCGUCACUGCCCUGGUGGGUCUAUACACUAUUGAAGAUCUCUGGAACAAGUUUGGCGACCUGUCCAUGCCUAUCCGUACAUACAUCAAGCACUGGGUUGCAAGAAUCGGCUGUCUGCUCGUCAUUCCCUUUGUCGUUUACGCCACCUGCUUCAAGAUGCACUUCAUGAUUCUCAAUCGAUCGGGUCCAGGCGACGCCCAAAUGUCAUCCCUUUUCCAAGCCCAUCUCAAGGGCAACGACUUUUCCGAAUCCCCUCUUGAGAUCGCCUAUGGAUCCAGAGUCACGUUCAAGAAUUACGGUUAUGGAGGUGGACUUCUCCAUUCUCACGUUCAGACCUUUCCUACUGGAUCACAGCAACAGCAAGUCACAUGUUAUCACUACAAAGACGACAACAAUCACUGGCUGAUCGCCGAACCCUGGGGAGCCGAUCCGAUUGAUCCGGAUGGUCCGAUUCAGUUUCUCGAACACGGUCAUGUGAUUCGGCUGAUUCAUGCUGCAACGGGCAGAAACCUCCACUCUCACCCUAUCGCAGCUCCUGUCACCAAGGAGAACUAUGAAGUCGCGGGAUAUGGAAAUUUGACCGUCGGAGACGAUAAUGAUCUAUGGGUCGUUGAAGUCGUUGACGACACUCAUUCAUCAAAGGGUACCAUGAACAAUCGGAUUCACUCGCUCACCACGCGAAUCCGGUUCAAGCACCGAGAUCUGCACUGCUAUCUGCGGGCGGCGAAUGCAGUCUUGCCGCAAUGGGGUUUCAAACAGGUCGAAGUGUCGUGUGAUAAGGAGAAUAAUCCGAAAGACGUACACACCUACUGGAAUGUGGAAUCUCACUGGAAUGAGAGAUUGCCCCCUGGCGAAGCCAAGCUGUAUAAAUCCCCGUUCUGGAGAGACUUUGUUCAUCUCAACGUGGCGAUGUGGACGUCAAACAACGCUCUCAUUCCAGACCCAGACAAGGAAGAUAUCCUGGCUUCAAAGCCUACGGAUUGGCCUUUCCUCCAUCUUGGAUUGAGAAUGUGCGGAUGGGGAGACGACCAGAUCAAAUUUUACCUCCUCGGUACUCCUGUCAUUUGGUGGGGUGGCAGUGUGUCUCUCAUCUUGUCGAUUUUCGUUGGAUUCUGGUACAUUGCGAGGAUGCAGAGGCAUUACAAGGAUUGGAAGGCUGGAGAAUGGGAGCAGUUCCUGUGGCCUGCAAAGGUCGCUUUGGGCGGUUGGGGAUUACAUUUCCUGCCAUUUUUGAUCAUGGGCCGGGUCACUUACCUCCACCAUUACCUCGAACCUUUGUGGUUUGCCGUUCUCAUCUUUGGUCACCUUCUGGACCACUUCUUCUUUGCAUCUCCGCAUAGAUCACCGAGAGCCAAAAUUGCCUGGUUCGUAUUUUGGACAGCGCUCGUCGUAGGCUGUUUCUGGUGGUUCAAGGAUCUGGCGUUAGGUAUUCACGGGCCUGUCAAUAGCCACAAAGGCUGGUCAUGGAGACCAUCGUGGAAUAUCUACAACUCGUGAUUUCAACGAGACUUGACGAGCAAACGACACUAAAGCAUGAA